AUGUCGCUGCUGAAAUUUCCCGUCCCGGCCAAAGGGGCGUUGCUGGAAGCCUACCGGCACCGUUCUCUCCGCGAGGUCCCGGUGCCAGCGGCUGUGAUCGACGUGGCCAAGGUGAAGGCGAACUGUCAGGCCAUGCUCGCCGCCGUGCACGCGGUUGGGGUCAGUCUCCGCGCCCAUGUCAAGACUCACAAAACGUUGGAACUCACGCGACUGCAAGUCGGGGAAGAGUGCAAGGAUGUGCGGUUGAUCGUGUCGACCGUCAUUGAAGCAGAACACCUGGUUCCGCUGCUGGCCGACUACCAAGCCCGGGGCGCGAAGAUCAAUGUGCUGUACGGUGUGCCCUUGGGCUCUUCCCACGUCCCUCGACUUGCGGCUGUGGCGCGCCAGUUGGGCGCAGGCUCGGUCUCGGUCAUGGUCGACCAUGCCGCCCAACUGGAGGCGCUGAAGGAGUUCCAAGGGCAAGCUGGAUUUCCCGCCUCUGUCUUCAUCAAGACCGACUCGGGAUACCAUCGAGCCGGGCUGGCCCCUGCCUCCAGCGAGAUGAUGGAUCUGGUGCAGCAAGUCGCCAAAGGCGAAGACCAAGGCUUUCUCCACAUGGUCGGGUUCUACUCUCACAACAGCCUCAGCUAUGGCGGAUCGUCUCCAGACGACGCCAUGGACACUUUGAAGUUGGAGAUCGACGUGUGCAAGCAGGCCUCGCAGCAUUUCAGACGCCAUCACCAGACGCCGCUGGUGGUCUCGGUCGGCGCGUCUCCCACGGCUCUGUCCUUGCAGAACAUCCAGCCUUCCAGCUCCAGCUCCAGUUCGUCAUCCUCGGCCUCGGCCGCCGCUCUGAAAGAGACGUUGGAGUUGACAAAGUCCAACCUCGAACUCGAGGUCCAUGCCGGAGUCUACCCUAUCUUCGACCUGCAGCAGGUGGCUGCAAGCAGUCGGCACUUCACAUCGGAUCCGCACGACACCAUUGCAGCCUCGGUGCUGGCCGAGGUUUGCUCGCUGUAUCCGCAGCGGACCGAGCAGCCCGAAGCUCUUGUCUCGGCUGGCGUGCUGGCCCUCGCCAGAGAGCCGUGUAAGGACUAUCCCGGCUGGGGCGUGGUCAGUCCCUGGAACAUGCCGGAGGAUGACAGCACCACCAAACAAGAUCGCAUUAUCGUCACCCGCAUCAGUCAAGAGCAUGGCAUUCUGGGGUUUGAGCAAACGAAUCCCCGAAACGCCCGGCUUCCUCUGGAAUAUGGACAGAAGCUUCGCAUCUGGCCGAACCAUGCCUGCAUCACGCUGGCUCAGUUUGGUUGGUAUCUGAUUGUGGAUUCGAGCAGCGACUCUCCCGACAACAUCAUUGACGUGUGGGUUAGAUGGCGAGGGUGGUGA